AUGCGUAUAUUCGAUUAUACACGAAAUACAUUUAAUCUUUUAUGUGAAUGUGCGUCUCAACUAUGGAGUUGCAUAUGGAAUCUUGAUGAUCCAAAUAUAAUUUAUGCAGGAUUAAACAAUGGUCCUAUACAAGUAUUUGAUAGACAACAAGUUCAAACAGGUGAAACAACAUUAUCAACAAGUAUUGAAACAUUAAGUUUAUCAACAACAUCACCAAUUGUUAGUCUUCAAUAUAUACAACGAAAUUCAAAUUUUCAAUCAAGUGGACUACUUGUUGCAAGUAAUGAUAAAAGUGGCUUUUAUGAACAUGUACCAAAUAAUGAAUAUCGAUAUCAUGCAUUACCUAUUGAUAAAAAUUUAUCAAGUCUUCACUAUGAUUCAAUAACAAAUCGUUUAUUAGCAUAA